AUGCAAAAAUCAGUUAGAGUUACGGAUUAUUUCGAUAACGACGAUAAUGGACUAUGGUCUUGGUAUCUCACAAACAUUAGGUUGGGAGACUUUGAAGAAGUUACGGGAAAUCAACUGAAGUACACUCUUUUGAAGAGAUUUCUUAAUAGCCAUUUUUAUUCAAAUUCGGAUGUUACAGCCACCGAGAGUCCUCAACAGCAUAAUAAUAACAACAACACAAAUAAUAAUAAUACACAACAACUGAAACCGAAUUUUAGAAAGAUAUUACUCGUGUCCAUCCCAGAUAAAGUUCAUAGAGAUUUAUCCAUAUUGGAAACGUUCCUUAGGGAUUAUUUCCAUUUAGAGCACUUGGAAGGGAUUCAAAUUCAAAGAUUAACCCAAUCUAAAUGUUAUAAUCACGAAAAUCAUUACUUGCUUACGGAUACCAUCAAUAAUUUUGAUGAUCCAGUGUUUUUAGAAUUUGCAGGUUCAAAUUGGCAAGCAAGGAAAAAUCUACAUUUAAAUAAUCAUCUUGAUCAUCGAGAUGAUGACCGAAUCUCACCACAAUCGAUAGAUACACAUUCAGCAUUAAAUAAGAAUGAUGAUCAGAUUUUAGUAACACAACCUAUAGAUUCCACUCUAGUAACUCCGGAAACUAGAGAAAAGGAGAAUUUAGACGAUAUAGAUGUGGGUGGAAGUUCCAUUGUACUUAAUUUCUCACACACAAGGGAGCAUAGAAAGGAUAAGGAUCCAUUAAAUAUGGUAAAGCAAGAGGAGCAAUCAAAUAAAUUUUCACCAAACAUGAUGUUUACUCCACCACAAUCUGAACUUGUUUCAAUCAAUAGUUUUGAUGACGGAGAUUCCAUGAAUUAUAAUGGGCAUCCAUUGAAGUUAACACUUACAAGGCAGGAUGAAGAAUCAAUAGCACAACUAGAACAAGAUAAACAGGCAGAAUAUCCUACUGCCACUACAACCACUACGGCUACCAUCACUGCUACCAAUAAUAAUAUUAAUAAUAACACUUAUCAUAAUCUUCAUGACCAUAAACUGACACCUGAAGAAUCCAUUCAAAGUUAUGAGAUAGGCAAGUCAUCUAUAACAGACAUGUCCAGUCUGAAACGUUCUUUGAAUAGCAUAGGUACAGAUUCAUCAUCAUCUAUAUCACGUCGGGAGAUUCUAAAUCUGGAUAGGACGGAUAUUGAAGAAGGUGAAGUUGACGAUCGAGACGAUGAAGAUGAAGAUGAAGACAUAGAUGAUCUAUCAUCAGAUUAUUCUGUACUUUCCAUCUUACCUUCGAUCUCCAUCUCAGACGCCAUUGAGGGUCAUUUCCGAUUAGUCUUACAAUCAAUCUUAAUUCAACAUCCAGUAACGAAGGAAAUAUACACAGCAAUUAGACAAUCUAAUAAUGAACCCACAAUAGCAGAUAUAAUGGAUGAUUGGUUACUUUACGAUUCACAAUUUUCUAUGGAUAAUUUACAAAUAUUAACAUUACAAGAUUUAUUAGAUACGAAUCGUUCAUUCCCCAAGAUACUUUUCUAUUCCAUGGUGAUUGUCACAGAUGCUCAUCAUCAGCCAAUACAGGGACCCACAUCUACGGCAGGUCCAGAUCUCACAACGAGCUAUCUAUCUAAUAAAUUGGAAUCUAUUGCUGGGGAUGAAACUAAUCAAAGGUUCGAGAAUAGAUACUAUCCGAUGGCGGAUGAUCAAGUGGAGGAUCAACCACAACAAUUUUUUCCUCAAGAGGACGAUCACGACGACGAUAAUAUGUAUGAUACUGAUGAUUCAUUGAUGGAGGAAGCAGGACCAGAGAUGUACCUACCGACUAGGAUGGAAACUAAUAAUACAACCGCGCAUAGAUCUAUUAGAACUGUUAAUAGUAUCGGUGAAUGGGCUUUCAAUAGAAAUAAUACUAAUGGUAGUAGUAGUAAAAGCGCCAUUGGUAGAGAGGAUGAAGAUGGAGAUGAGGAGGAAGAAACAAACCACCACAAUGAUGGACAAACACAUGAUAAUAAUCACCAUCAUAAUAAGAAAACUGGAAAGAAGGGAUCAUAUGGUGGUGCGAAGAACAAAAGAUCAGGAAAUAUUGAAGCCAUGAAAGCUGUGGAAAGGACUAAGAGUACGCCGUUACCGACUUUAUUAAAAUCCAUUAGUGGUACGGGUACAGAUAAGAAAAGAUGGAAAGAUAGACUCAAGGAGAUGAAAAAGAAAAAUAAAUCUUCACAGGAAGACCAUUCACUUUGUAAUAUCAUGUAG